GAAGGCAUUCCCUGAGUGAGGGCAUUAUUUUUGUGCCCAUCAGCAGGACCCUCCAAGUGCUCUCGGGCUGCUCUUCCACCGCUCAGCGCUGUUCAGUUCUCCUGGGUUUUCCCAUCAUGCCUUCGAGGGCCAUGCCGGUUAUUCAGCAGAAACAAAAGAAGGUCAGCCAAGAAUUUCACAGCUCACAACAUGUCCAGCAGAUCUCGUCCAGGAAAUCGGUUUCGAAGUCAGUAAAGAAGGAGCAGGUUGAGGCCACUGAGGCGAUGGCGGAACCAGCCUACAAGGUGCCAGCUUUCAGGCAGAGGCAACCUGAGGGGAUGCAGGAGUAUCAGAGGAUGGCGGCUCACUUCGGCAGGGAUCUGAGCAGUCUUCAGCAGGAGCUGCACAGGAUGAAGGUUGCGACUCAUGAACAAGUGGAGAAUAUUGAGAUUACAAGAGAGGUGAAGGAGAAGAUGUCGAUGAGGAAAGAGUUUCAGGCAGAAACACCCAAAGCUCCGGACUUCCUGGUGGGUCUGAGGUCUCACACAGUGUGGGAGAAAAGCCCAGUUAAGCUGUUCUGCACCGUGUCUGGCUCCCCAACUCCCAUCGUCAAAUGGUUUAAGAAUGCUGAUCCCAUUGACCCUCUGAGCGCACCCGGAAAAUACAAAAUUGAGAGUAAAUAUGGAGUUCACAGUCUGAUUAUUAGCAGGUGCUCAGUAGCAGACUCAGCUGUGUAUAGUGCUGUUGCUACUAACACUGAGGGAAAAAUCAAGUCUAAAGCCACCGUGUGCGUGAGGAGACCAGCCGGAGCAGCAGAGAGUGCCCAUCUGCCAGGCCUAGUUCCCCUUCUUAGUGGCAUCCAUCGUAGCAAGCUGGAGGUGACCUUCCUGGACAGGUUUGGAGUGACCUUUGGCACUGAGGGCCAGUCAGUAACUCUGGUGGCCAACCUGCUGGUGGUGCCUGACCUUCCUAACCUGCCACCGGAUGCCGAGUGGUACAGAGACGAUACUCUACUGAAGCCAUCUAGGUGGGCUGAGAUGUCUAUUUGCGGUGGGGCUGCCAAGCUCACUCUUCCUCACCUAAAUAAGGAUGAUGAGGGUCUGUACACUCUCCGUAUCUGGACCAAGGAUGGAACUACCGAGCACAGUGCCUACUUGUUUGUCAAAGAUGCCACCCCCUCAGUGGCCGGGGCUCCGGGAGCUCCCAUGGAUGUCACUGUCUCUGAUGCCAAUAAGGAUUACAUCCUGGUCUCCUGGAAACCUCCCAACACCACCAACGAACCUGUUAUUACUGGAUACUUUGUGGACAGACGCAAGUCUGGAACACAGGACUGGGUCCAGUGCAAUAGUGCACCGGUGAAGGUGUGCAAACUGCCUGUGCACGGGCUCACCGAGGGGGCGUCCUAUCACUUCCGUGUCCGGGCUGUGAACAGUGCAGGAAUCAGCCUGCCCUCCAGGAUGUCCACUGGAGUGACCGCUGCCGAUGUGGAGAGUGAUGUUGAAGUGAUUAAAAUCGAGGGGAAGUAUGAUAUAGUGAUUCGACAGGAGGAACUGCAAGGAGUGUAUGUUACACUGGCGGAUCCUCCGACUGAAGUGCAUGCGACAGAAAUUAAUCACACGUACGUCGUUCUAAGCUGGAAACCACCCAGCCUCCGCGGACGGGCACCUCUAACGUACCUCAUCGAGAAGUCGGUGGGCGACAGUAACUUUUGGCAGAGAGUGAACACAGGCGUGCAGAUCCGCUCACCCCGUUACCCCAUUUACGACCUGGAGGACAAGACACAGUACCGUUUCCGUGUUACCGCAGUCAACAAGUACGGCCCCAGUGAGCCAUCAGAACCCUCAGAACUCAUCCAGAAAGUGGAUCCUCAUGCUUCCAUCCCGAACAUUGGGGUUCCCUCGGCUCCAGGUCAGGUGAUCGCUUCAAGAAACACCAAAACAUCUGCUUUUGUGCAGUGGGAUCCUCCCAAACACCUCAACAACCUCAUGGGCUACUAUGUGGACUGCUGUGUGGUCGGAUCCAAAACCUGGAUGCCCUGUAAUCACAGACCCUACAAGCUCACCAGGUUUGUGGUCCACGGCCUGAUUCCUGGAGAAACCUAUACCUUCCGUGCCCAGGCAGUGAACGCUUACGGUCUGAGUGAUGAGUCUCAGGAGUCUGCUCCUCUCUUCAUCGACGCUGCACUCAAUGGUGGGGUGGAUUAUGCUGCUCCUUCUGCUCCAUAUGGAAUAUCUCUGCUUAGCUGUGAUGGAUCUUCUAUGACCCUGGCCUGGAAACGUCCAAAAAACACUGGUGGCACCAAGAUCACCGCUUACUAUCUGGACAAACGUGAGGCUGGUCAUCUGAACUGGAAGGAGGCCAGCCAGAGUCCAGCGACCAUCAGAGUGCAUAAGGUGGAGAACCUGACUGCUGGACUGUUCUACGAGUUUAAGGUCCAGGCUGGCAAUCUGGCUGGUGUUGGUCUGGCAUCUGAACCCAGCAAGGCUUUUGCCUGUGAGGCAUGGACCACACCAGAACCUGGUCCUGCAUAUGACAUCAGUUUCUGGGAGGUGAGGGAUAGCUCUCUGCUGCUGCAGUGGAGGGCUCCAAUGUAUAACGGUGCCAGCCCUGUCACUGGGUACUUUGUGGAAAUGGCCAAGAAAGGAUCGUCUGAUUUUGUUACAGUGAACGCUGAACCUGAGAGCCAUCGUUAUCUGAAGGUAACUGGUCUGGAGACUGGAGCUCUGUAUGUGUUUAAAGUGAGGGCAGUGAACGCUGCAGGAAAAGGAAAGGCCUCUGAGGUGUCAGACGCUGUGUGUGUAAAGGCUCUGGCGGGUACGAAGGAGAUUGAGUAUGGUGUGGAUGAAGAGACUGGAGAUGUUUUCUUGUCCUUUGAAGCUUCUGAGAUUUCUGAACACUCAAAGUUCACUUGGUCAAAAUCCUACAAAGAAAUUGCUGAAUCAAACAGAGUGACGGCCUCCGUUGCAGGACGACGUUCUAAGCUGACCUUUGUGAACCCCGAGAAGGAAGACCUGGGAAUCUACUCUGUGGCUGUGAGUGACGCCAACGGGGUCUCUGCCAGUCACACCAUCAGUGAGGAGGAACUCAACAAAAUGCUGGAACUCAGCUACAACAUCAGGCACCCAAUCGUUCCACUGAAGACGGAGCUGAGCUAUGAGGUUCUGGAGAAGGGCCAUGUGCGGUUCUGGCUGCAGGCCCAGAAAAUGUCCUCCGCUGUGUCCUACAGGUUCAUCGUCAAUGAUAAAGAGGUCACCAGUGGAGAGGGUCACAAGAUUAGCCAUGAUGUUUCCUCCGGAGUCAUUCAGAUGACCAUUGAGCAUUUCACCAAGGCCAACGAGGGCACCUACACCCUCCAGAUCCAUGACGGAAAAGCCAAGAAUCAGAGCUCACUGGUGCUGGUGGGCGACGUCUUCAAGGCUGCACUGAAGGAGGCUGAGUUCCAGAGAAAAGAGCAUAUCAGGAAGCAAGGCCCUCAUUUCUCAGAGUACUUGACCUUCCAUGUGGAUGACGACUGCACUGUUAUGCUUGUUUGCAAGCUGGCCAAUGUAAAGAAGGAGACCACAUUCUCUUGGUUUAAAGAUGAUGAAGAAAUCGUUCUUGAUGUUGCUCCAAACCCGAUGUCUGGAUCCUGUGCUCUUCCAAUCCCACUGUUCUCCAGAAAAGAUCAGGGAAUCUACAAAGCUGUGCUGAGUGACGAUCGUGGAAAAGAUACAUCUGUUUACGACAUUUCUGGCCAAGUGUUUGAGGAUAUUAUCAACGCCAUCGCACAUAUUGCUGGCUCAUCUGCAUCUGAGCUGAUGCUGCAAUGCACUCCAGAGGGCAUCCGGCUGCAGUGCUACAUGAAGUAUUACACAGAGGAGAUGAAGACCAGCUGGUUCCACAAAGAGAGUAAGAUUGCCUCUUCAGAGAAGAUGAGGAUUGGAGGAACGUCUGAGAUGGCCUGGAUGCAGAUCUGUGAGCCGACUGACCGGGAGAAGGGACAUUACACUAUUGAGAUUAAUGAUGGCAAGGCAUCCCACACCCGCGCCUUCGACCUGUCUGGACAAGCUUACAACGACGCAUAUGCAGAAUUCCAAAGACUGAAGGCUGCUGCCUUCGCUGAGAAGAACCGCGGCAGAGUCGUGGGUGGACUGCCAGAUGUUGUGACCAUUAUGGAGUAUAAGACCCUCAGUUUGACCUGUACAGUGUGGGGUGACCCCCAGCCUGAAGUCACCUGGUUCAAGAACGAGCAGGAAGUCGUGUCCGAUGCACACAACAAGAUCACCUUCGAGAGUGGCAAGUUUUCCAGCCUGACCAUCAAUUCAGUCACUGUGGAAGACUCUGGCAAGUACAGCAUCAACGUGCGGAACAAAUAUGGCGGAGAGUUUGUAGAGAUCACCGUCAGCGUCUACAAGCAGGGCGAGGAGAUUCCCGAACCCAAACUGGGACAGAUGUCUAGAUCAGCCGCAGCACCCAAGUCACCUGCACCACCCUCCAAACCCCAAACUCCUGCACCAUCCAUGAAGCCCGCCACUCCCACUCCACCCCCCUCUGUUAAGUCUCCAACCCCUACUCCACCUCCAUCCGUAAAGGCUCCGACCCCAGCUCCAAAAUCCCCAACCCCACCCAGGAGUGCCAAGUCCCCCACCCCACCCAGAUUCAUGAGGUCCCCAACCCCAACUAAGAAAUAAACACAAUGCUUUUGCUGCCCAUGUUGUUUCACGUUUCACUGAUAUAUACUGCAAAUAUAUAUUUACAUUAGUUUAUCAAACAAAUGAUCUCUUACUUAUUAACCCACUGACAUUUGCAGUUAUGCGUUUUUGCAUGUAUAUUUAUAUACAUGCUUAAUGGGUUUUUAAGUACAGUAGAUCCUUUGGUGAGCUUAGAACUAAAAACCUGGUCUUGACCCACAAGACAAAUGGCCAGCGUAUCUCGCUCGUUUGUGUUCUUAUAUGUUACUCGCUAAAAGCUAAAAAAUAUAAAGGUUAUGAAGUUGAAACUAACAGGUGCUGUUUACUAAAACAGACAUUAUCUUUACAAGUGGCAUCAUUAGCCGUCUUAUCCUGUCCUGUCUUUUCAUGUUGCUUCGUGUUGCCAAAUAAAAACUUGUUCAGCUUCUCUCGGCUGGA